AUGACUUCUUUCGUAUUCGUCACAGGCAACGCCAACAAGCUCCGAGAGGUACAGGCCAUCCUCGCCACGGGGGACAGUGGUAUUAAGUGCACUUCUCAGUCUCUUGACGUCCCAGAAGUGCAGGGUACGACUCAGGAGGUUGCCAUCGCCAAAGUCAAAUCCGCCGCCGAACAGCUCGGGGCGGCUUGUGUCACUGAAGACACCGCACUGUGCUUCGAAGCCCUCAACGGCCUGCCGGGGCCAUACAUCAAAGACUUUAUGGCGAACCUUGGCCACGAAGGCCUGAACACCCUUCUCCAAGGAUUCCCCACGACCAAAGCCACUGCUCUCUGCACCUUUGCUUACUCUGCCGGCCCAGGAUCCGAGCCCAUCCUCUUUGAAGGUCGCACUGACGGCAACAUCGUCCCCGCCCGGGGACCCGCCAAGUUUGGCUGGGACCCUGUCUUCCAGCCCGAGGAAGGGGAGGGCAAGACCUACGCAGAGAUGAAGAAUGAAGACAAGAACAAGAUCUCCCAUCGGUAUCGGGCUUUGGAGAAGCUUAGGGUGUAUCUGAGUGAGCAGGCGAAGGAGUAG